UUCUCUGACGUCAUGGACACAAUGAGGCGAAUCGUAUAAAGAUGUUGCGUGGAUGCGAGCGACAAGGCACUGCCGCUCAGCUGGAGGGACGCACUGAACAUGACCGAUGGUCGCUUGUGGAGUACAGACAGUUCAAAAUCACUUGUAGAAGAGGCCGAACAGUCUUGAAGCCAUGACUUGCGUACACUCCCAGCAUGGAUCUCCGUCCUGUGAGAUCAACCUUGGCAGCUCAGAGCUUCAAAGCACAGACUUUAUCUCCAGGCUCACUCUUGAUAUGAGCAGCCCACGGGACCACCUCUCCACUGCUCCACCCCUGCCAAGCAUCAACUCCCUCGUGGGCACUCAGGCGGGCGACUUUGACGCGUAUUCGUGUCAGUUCACCGCAGCGCCUGCUCACGUCACGCCGUCCCCAGGCCAGGAGGCCGCCUUCAAGCUGGAUGACCUCCAGGUUUACGGAUGCUACCCUGGAUCGUUCACGCUGAGCUACCUGGACGAGGCGGUUUCACCUACUGGGUCAGAUUAUUUCGGCAGCCCCGCAUCAGCCUCGUCUCCUUCGACGCCAGGGUUCCAGAGUCAGCAUGGGUCCAACUGGGAUUCAGCCUUUGGGCCAUACUCACCCAGUCCAGGAUACUGGGCUCCAGAGGAGACCUCAGCGGUACAUGCGCCCUCUUUCUUCACCUUUGGUCCAGAAUCUGUGGAGGAUAUGUCUCAUAUGGGUCAACCACACUUACGAGAGCAAGAUCAUUUCACUUUUAAUCGCCCGCCUGCACUGAACCUCCCCACCAUGGUGAUGGAGCAAGCACGCAGCCUCGAUGGCGCUGACCAGCUGGAUGGAAGCUUAUCACCCAAGCUAAAAAGUCCUAAUGGGAAUGAGGGCUGCUGUGCCGUGUGCGGGGACAAUGCCUCCUGUCAGCACUAUGGAGUUCGCACCUGUGAGGGAUGCAAAGGGUUUUUCAAGCGUACGGUACAAAAAAAUUCCAAGUAUGUUUGCCUCACCAACAAGGACUGUCCCGUGGACAAGAGGAGGCGCAAUCGAUGCCAGUUUUGCCGUUUCCAGAAGUGUCUAGCUGUCGGCAUGGUGAGAGAAGUUGUGAGGACGGACAGCCUGAAAGGACGAAGAGGUCGUCUGCCGUCCAAGCCUAAAGUCGCCCAGGACACCACAACCACCGUGUCUCCGGUGAGCAUGAUCUCUACGCUUGUGAGGGCCCACAUCGACGCAAACCCCAGUGUUGGGGAUCUGGAUUACUCCAAGUACAACGACAAAGCAGUGAGUCCGAACCGGAAAGAGGAUGCAAGUGACAUCCAACAGUUUUACAACUUACUCACAGCCUCUUUGGAGGUCAUCAGGAAGUGGGCGAAGAGCAUCCCGGGUUUCUCUGAGUUCUGCUUACAAGACCAGGAGCUGCUCCUGGAGUGUGCAUUCGUUGAACUCUUCAUCCUGCGUCUUGCAUAUCGGUCUAAUCCUGAGAUGGACAAACUCAUCUUCUGCAACGGGGCCGUUCUUCACAAGAAGCAGUGCGUCCGAGGCUUUGGGGACUGGAUCGACUCCAUCUUGGAGUUUUCUCAAGCGCUCCAUCGCAUGAAACUAGACGUCUCCUCCUUCUCCUGUCUCACAGCUCUGGUCAUAAUCACCGAUCGACAUGGCCUGAAGGAGCCGGGACGUGUGGAGGACUUGCAGAACCAGCUCAUCACCUGCCUCAAAGAUCACGUCUCUAGCUGCAACUCCGACUCUUUGCGGCCAAAUUAUUUGUCCAGGCUUCUCGGGAAGCUUCCCGAGCUCAGGACUCUCUGCACUCAAGGCCUCCAGCGUAUCUUUUACCUUAAAAUAGAAGAUCUGGUUCCUCCGCCUCCGAUUGUGGAGAAAAUCUUCAUGGAUACGCUUCCGUUUUGAGACGGGAGACCGUCUGUGAUGUGAAAUCUGGAGUUCAUAUGAGAGCAAAAGAGAACAGACUCAUACUUCAGGUUCAAGUUAAGAAGAUCCUGAGGGAUAGUGCAGCACCAGAGGAGGAGAAGGGCUACUUUUGAAUUAUAAAGCGAAUGAGUUAUACUUGUAUGUGGAGCGAUGACAAAAUGCUCGUCCUAGUUUGUGUUUCCAGGAUAUUAAACGAUAAAACAGGCCAGCUCAUGGACCAAAAGGACAACUGUUUACAUGCAACAAGGUGCCAUGAAUGGAAACAUUUCUGAUGGAGUUCAAGGAUGUCAUGAGCACAAUCAUUUUGCAUUUUUGUAACAAUCUUUUGACUGUGAAUUGCACAUAAAACACCCGACAAAGCAUUACAUUUCUGUUCUGGCACUCCGACAUGUUCAAACAAGCAGAUUAUUUCAUUUCAGACAAUUUUCGACUCGUAUACAUCGAAAGAAGUCACUCAAACCUCCAGUUUGCUUUAUAUUCAAUACCACCAUGUGUAUUUGGUGAUCAUAAAAUAGGUUAAACCUACAGAAUUAUUCAGUAGUAUCGUUCAUGUAUCAUGAAUAGACUUGGAGCAGCUAAUACUGUACCCGUGUAUCAUCCGGCACAGUCUUAUACACUGGUCAUGUAUGUAAAUUAUUUUGAUUUGUGGUAAACCUGUUGGUGUUAUCGCCACAUGAACUGUGUCCUGCAGUGUGGGGAAAAUGUAAUGUUUUUUGGGCUUGUUAUUUUUACAUACUAAGAAGUUAUAUUUUACUGCAGCUACAAAUAAAAGUUAAAACCUGCAUAUUGCAA